CAUUGAGCCGCCCCAUACACACGCAUACACGAUGCAUAAUACUAUGAUCCCUGGCCUCUCUCAUCUUUCACACUCGUAAAAUUGUGAUCACAUCGUCUUCAUAUUUUUCUGUGAUAAAAAUGGAAGCAAAGUUUUUCCGAGUACUGAAGCUAAUAGGAUCAGGUUAUAAAGCAAGAGCUGAAGCAGAAGGUAGAGUAUUGUUGUUAAAAGUUGGAUACCCUUAUGAAAUUGAGUUGCAAGUUCCACCAGCUGUACGAGUAUUCUGCUUUAAACCAGACAUAAUAUGCUGUGCUGGGAUUGAUAAACAACGUACUCAUCAGUUUGCUGCUGCUGUUCGUAGAAUCAGACCACAUACUGCCUACAAAACUAGAGAACUCAGAGGCAUGAAAUACAAAGAUGAAGAAUUUAACUUGAAGCCUGUCAAGGAAAAAUCUAAAUCUUAACUACUUUACCUACUUUUCUUACUUUUGUUAAUUGUUUCUCUCCAUAUCACUACUAGAAAUUAAAGAGUUAAAUAUCAUUGUCCAAUACUAAACAGCCAAGUCUCUUCUUCAUUCUGCUGCUAUAAUUUGAAACAAUAAAAAAAAUAUAGGGGAAAUUCUCUAUGGUAGCAUUAUACUUUUGCAACUUC